UCAUUUUAAAGAUCCAACAACAGAUCCAUUUAUGUUAAGUUUGCUAACACAAACCAAACCCUAAAGUCUACAACGGUGCGCAUCCGGCAUCCGUGACGUUCUUCUUCUUCUCACUCUCUGCAACAAUCGGCGACGACCACUUGACCAGCUCUCCCUUCACCGGCCCUUCAAUAUUUCCAGAGAUCGGUGACGUUCAACCUCUCCUUUCACCAGUCCUUCAAUAUUUCCAGAGAUCGGCGACGACUAGUCUCUCCCUUCACCGGCCCUUCAAGUUCUCAUAUCCUUUAAAGACAACAAUGGAGGAAUAAUGAAAUUAAUUGCAAAAAGGGAACGAUGCACAAUUGUUGAUGAUUUCAGACAACCUCAAGGUUUCUUCUUCUGAAAGAAGGGAGCUGAUGGGAAUGGGUGGAGUAGGGGAAAAGAAAAUAGGAAUAUGCUGGUCCACACAUUGGAUUGCCACUCAUCAAGAGGACGAGCGGCAUGAAAUAGCAUGUGAAGGAGAUUUGUGGCGUCUUGGAAAAGAGAAGGAGAAAGCGAGAUUCAUAGUUUACAAGAAGCUUGACAAUUCAGAAGAAGACAUCUAUUUACAAGAAACAAUUAACUUAGUCUCUCUUACUAGAGAUUUGAAAUGUCCACAUUUGUUGAAUGCAAAAGAUUUGUCUUUAGAUACCACAAGGACAAAAAUUGUGGUGGUGCAGACCAUUCCAUGGUGGCCCAGAACAAUUUUGUAAAUAACCAAUUGAGCGAUUUCUGAAAGCGGUCUAUCAGGUAAAGGAAUAUUGUUUAGAUUAUAUAUAUAGAGAUAUUUUUCAAUUCCGUAUACCUAAUAUACUUUUUAUGUUUCUCAAUUUUAAAGGAAUAUGUUGAAGGCUGUGAAAUACCUCCAUGACAUGAACAGAACACAUGGCAAGCUCAGUUUUGAUUCCAGGGAGAUUCAUGUAUAUGAUGAGGCCUGAAAUGAAAGCAUCCUUCAAAAGGAUUUGGACGAAUUUAUUUAGUUUUUAACCAAACAUAUAUCAAAUGGCUGGCAGACCAUCCCAUGGUGGCCCAGAACAAUUUUGUAAAUAAUCAAUUGAGAGAUUUCUGAAAGCGGUCUAUCAGGAAUAUGUUGAAGGCUGUGAAAUACCUCCAUGACAUGAACAGAACACAUGGCAAGCUCAGUUUUGAUUCCAGGGAGAUUCAUGUAUAUGAUGAGGCCUGAAAUGAAAGCAUCCUUCAAAAGGAUUUGGACGAAUUUCUUAAGUUUUUAACCAAACAUAUAAUAAUGACUUCCUGAUGAAGCACGAGUUCCUAAUGAAGCACGACUUCCUGUGUGGACAGAUUUUAAAAAUAUUUUGAAGGCUAACACUUUAGUGUAAGUUAUCUUUAGUCCAAAGUAUUUCCAAUUAAUCUUACUUUUUUGAUAUAUUUGAAUCUUAUUGUCUUAUAUUUAAUGUUAUAGGGUUGACCAGUUACAAAAGUCUCCACUAUUGUUGACUGAUCUUGAAAUGCACGCUUAUUUGGUGACAA